UGUUUAAAUAACGGCUCGGUUCAUUGUCAUAACAAAGUUUACAGCAUAAAGUACUUUGUUUAGAUACAAUACAAAUAUUUUUGAGGCCGUAAUUUAUAGUUCUUAGAAAAUGUUGAAACACAGUGUCUCAAGUGUUGGUAAAGUGUGUAUUAACAAUAAAAAAUUUACAACAUUUACAAUAAAAACAAAAAGUCAUGAAUUGAAGAAAUUUCGUGUGAUGCAAUUACCAACGCAUAGAUAUGAAGAAUACAUAGAUUGUAGAAUGAAAUAUUACGUGAAAUACGAGAUUACUCAUCAAAUUGCAGGAAUACCUGAUAGUGAAGAAGCAAUGCAAGAGUACAAGGAAAUAAUGUACAAAACGUGCAAAGAUCCAUCGGUGAGCAACGUAAUCUGUUGCCUCGACAACGAAGAUAAUGAAAUCGUUGGAAUUAGUACACAAAAGUUAAUAAAGAGGGGCGAUAGAGAAGAAGAAAUUAAGCCUCGAACGAAACCAGUAAAGAGGUUCUACGAAAUAUUAAGAACAUGGAACAAUUUAUUUCCCAUUCCCGAGUUGAUGAAAAACUUUAACCUAACUACGUAUUGUGACGAUAUGGGAUUUGCGAUACAUCCACAAUACAGUGGUAUAGGUCUUGCUAAUAAGAUGGCUCCUUUCAGGCGCGAAGUCUGCAAGUUACAAGGUGCGCCCAUGACUGGAGCCUGGAUGACGUCACCCGGCACGAAGAAUGCCUGUGCUCGAGAUGGAUGGGAGGUAAUUUACGAAAUCAGUUAUGAAGAACUCGGACGAAUAUUGGGUAUAAAGUUUGAAAACGCACCGCCUAGUUGCGCUUAUAUGAUUUCAAAAAUUUGAUUUGAGGAAACUGUAGUCCAUAUUAUGUAAUAUAACUUCUAUUUCUUUAGUCAAAAGAUAUGUUUUUUUUUUAAUAAACAAUUUAUCAAAUUUACGUACACACACGCGCGUUUACCUAUAUCCCGGAAGGGGUAGCGGGAGGCCACUUCCAGACUUCGGCCUGAAUAGAAAAACCCAAUAUCACAUAGAUAAACACAUUGAUUUUUAAUCGUACUUAAUUGUAGUUAGUAUAAUAUGAUUUAUACAAAGACAUUAAAGAGUAUAAAAAGUUAUAGACUGGACAUCAGGAUCAAAUUUGUGCUCCAAAAGUCCUUGUCUUGCUUGAAAUAUCUGAGUGAUAAGAUGUCACAGAGUCCUUAUAUAAUAAUAUAUAAAUAAAAUAUCAACAGAUAUGGAACAAAUAUGAAGCAUUUUACAUUGAUGUUAUGCUAUUUUAUGGUAGGUUGAUCAACCAUCGCAUAAACGCAAAAUUUUUAUAGACAAUUUUACCAAUGUCCGCUCUAAAUAAUCUCACAACUCUUUGGAUUCAUAAUAUAUGUUUGUAAUUUUUUUUAUAACGUUCUUGUUUUGUCGACUGUAAGCCAUAUAUAAUAAAAUAUCUGUAUACCAAU